CUUUAGAGCGCGCAACAUUAGUAAAACUUACUUCGUGUUGUUCUGGUGUAACACAAUUAGAUUUUUUUAUGUUUUAUCAAUUCUAAAAUAUAAUGACUGAGGCAAAUUUAACAGCUGUAUUUCAUGGAAUAGAAGAUGUCCGCUUGCAAGUCGAAAAAAUACCAGAACCAGGCCCUGGAGAGGUACAAAUCCGUGUAGAAAAUGUUGGAAUAUGUGGUUCGGAUCUUAGUUUCUGGAAUCAUAACGGAAUUCCGGAAUGUAUUGAAAGUAAGGAUCCCUAUGGUUUAGGACAUGAGGGCGCAGGCAUUGUGUCAAAGCUAGGUGAAGGUGUCACUUCUCUAAAGAUCGGUGACAAAGUUGCCAUGGAUCCAUUUUCCUAUUGUGAAACGUGCUCUGAUUGUAGAGAAGGAAAGUUCAAUUUAUGUGAGAAGGCAGCGAUACAUGGUUUUCCUGGACAUUGGGGUUACAUGGCACGAUAUUGUGUUGAGAAUGUUAAGCACUGUUUCCGGUUGCCAGACCACAUUAGUACAGAGGAAGGCGCUAUGCUCGAACCUCUUGCUGUCGCCCUGCAUGGAUGCCGCCGUGUUGGAGUGUCUGCUGGAAACAAUGUUCUCAUUACUGGAGCAGGACCCAUGGGUUUACUGUCAAUGAUGGCUGCCAGGGUGUUUGGAGCUACAAACAUUUGUGUUACAGAUGUGCUUGAAUCUCGUAUUAAACUGGCAAAGCAGUUAGGGGCUGAUUAUGCACUAGACGUGAGAUCAAAAGAACCAGAGGAAAUUGAAAAAAUGGUAGAGGAGUGUUUUGGUGAGAAACCACACGUUGCUAUAGAAUGUAGUGGUUCACCAAGUGCUAUAAGGGCAGCCAUACGAUCUACAAAGAGUGGUGGUCGUGUGGCACAGGUUGGGCUCGGAGAAGCAAAUGUUACUGUACCAAUUAUUAACGCAUCAUUUAGGGAAGUGGAUAUAUUAGGUGUUCGGGCAUACCUAUAUUGCACACCACUGGCAAUUGACCUUGUAUCAUCUGGUCAAAUGGACAUUAAACCUCUUGUCACGCAUAGAUUUGAUUUGGAAAAUGUCACUGAAGCUUUCGAAAAGGCACAGUCACGUGAUUGCGGAAAGGUCAUGAUCAGAUGUAGCAAGAAUUAAAAACCGUAGAUUUAUAAGGUGUCUUCGAACAUAUACUGUAAAUACAUAUUGAUAAGAGAUUUCAGUAGGGCCUGUUUUUUUCUAUUUGUAUCAUUUUCAUUACUGACUUAAAUUGUUUAAUUUUAUGUACAUAUAUUUUAUAAAUGUUUUAGCCAAUUUUGUUCGAAUGCUUAUUUUAUUAUAUACUCGCAUACUAUUUUAAAUGUUAUUUUUUUAUCGGGUUUGUUUCUUCUGACAUUGAAUUACCUAGGACCUAUAAGCUCGUUUUUAUAACAUGCCUAUUAGUAUUUCUGGUAACAUGGUCUCCUUCCGACAUGGCGGUAGAUAUAUUCACUGAUUUAUUUUCAACAUAACAGAAAAUAUAUGAUAAACUUCAUUGCAUAUUAAAACAUGCAUGUUUAUGUACUAUGUACUUAUUGUUAUUCAGUAUUAUACGGUCACAUUUAAUAAACAUGUAUGUAUAUAUAUUUGUUCAUUAAAAAUAGAAAGACCAUU